ACCGGUCUGUUAAGUUUGGCCGGUCUUUGUCAACACCUGAAACACCUGAAUCUGGGCUCAUGCAUGGAUGUACAAGACAUGGAUACGGUACUCGAUCACUUGACACGGAACAAUACUGAUUUACGAUCAGUUAAUCUUUGGCGUUGUGUAACCCUAUCUUCUGUGGGACUAGACUAUCUGACUCGAUCCUGUCCCAAACUGGAAGAGUUAGAUCUGGGCUGGUGUCGGAAUAUGACUAUCACACCGGAGUCCAAUUGUGUCACGCGGUUGAUUCAGCACUGUCAUCAAAUUCGCAAAUUGUUUUUAAGCGGCACAAGUUUGUUGAAUGCUGACGACCUGCUGCUAGUCGGUCAACACCUCGGAUCCAGUCUGGAACAAUUCGACAUUCAAGGCUCAAUAAACAUCACAGUCGCAUCACUCGUAUCGUUGCUUGGACAGUGUUCUCGUCUGCGCUUGUUGGACAUUUCGUUUUGUGCCAAUAUACCACUUCAUGGUGUGGUUCGAUUGCGUCAACUGUUCCCAACAUGUACCAUAAUCUCUUCUGUACGGGAUCUGGGCGCGGAUGAAGUCGGGCAACCAAUACACCAAGUUUUAGUCGAUGAGUUGCUUGAUGAAUUGGAAAAUCCUGCCGACCAGCUGUUCGGUUUAAGAGCUCUGUGGUCUCGUGCAUUACUUGGAGGGCCAGAGCUGCUCGCAUUACCGGCACCGCAUCGAUUAGCCGCGAUCGCCGGGCCAUCCGCCUCUUCCUCGGUCGACUGA